UUUUCGGAAGUUCACUUGUCAGUUCUUCGGCCGGCGGGAGUUGCCGGCAAAGUCCAAAACAUCUCUGACACCAUUGGCAGUAACUUCCUCUUCAUCAUCAACAACCCAGUGACGACCCUCAUCAUACCAAAAUUCAGUGUUGUCCACCCAACCGUUGAUUCACAAAAAAUCCUGAUUAAUUUGUCAUCAACAGUGCGCCGAUAGUCACUAUCGAUUGAUUCUCAAGUAGUUGCGUACAGAGAGUUGGAAACUGUUGCCAAGUGGCCGAAUAAUUCAUCGGAAAUCGUUGGACGAUGUAUCAUCAUGAGAGGGAUCAUGGACGUGGGGGUCGAGGUGGGGGACACCCGAGGGGUCCUCGUGAUAUGAAAUAUGAGGGUAAACAUGAUAAUCACAGGUUUGGGGGGAACAGAGGGGGAAUGAAAGGUAAACAACCUGGAAGUGCCUUGAGGAAGCUGCAGUGGGAUGUCAGGUCUCUCCAGCCGAUCAAAAAAGACUUUUAUGUGGAGCAUCCGGCGGUCAAACACAGGUCACCAGAGGAAGUCAACAAAUUUCGUCAAGCGAAUGAGAUUACGGUGAUGGGCAAGGAUGUGCCCAAUCCUAUUCAGCACUUCGAGGAGGGCAACUUCCCACCUUAUGUUAUGCAGGGAAUAAAGAGACAGGGGUAUGUUCAUCCCACAGCCAUUCAGGCUCAAGGCUGGCCUGUUGCACUCAGUGGAAAAGAUCUUGUUGCCAUUGCUCAGACUGGCUCGGGGAAAACACUCGGAUACAUCCUCCCUGCAAUCGUUCACCUGAUUAACCAACCUCGGCCAGGUCCUGGGGAGGGUCCAGUGGCGCUGAUCCUAGCACCGACCCGGGAAUUAGCUCAACAGAUUCAGGAGGUUGCUAACUAUUUCGGUGAGACAGCAUCAGUGAGAAACACCUGUAUCUUCGGUGGAGCUCCCAAAGGCCCCCAGGCCCAAGAUCUGGAGCGCGGCGUGGAGAUUUGCAUCGCAACCCCAGGUCGUCUGAUCGAUUUCCUCGAGAAAGGCACUACAAAUCUUCGGAGAUGUACUUAUCUGGUGCUCGAUGAGGCCGACAGAAUGCUGGACAUGGGAUUCGAGCCUCAGAUUCGUAAGAUAAUCGAACAAAUUCGUCCUGACCGCCAGAUUCUCAUGUGGUCUGCAACGUGGCCCAAGGAGGUUCGAUCUCUAGCUGAGGACUUCCUCAGCAAUUACACACAGCUUAACAUCGGCUCAUUGUCACUGUCAGCGAACCACAAUAUCAUUCAGAUCGUCGACGUCUGCCAGGAGUUCGAGAAGGACUUCAAGCUACAGAGACUCCUGCAGGAGAUUGGCACCGAGAAGGAGAAUAAAACUAUUAUUUUCGUUGAGACCAAGAGGAAAGUCGAUGAUAUUACGAGGAAUAUCAGACGUGAUGGCUGGCAGGCACUCAGUAUUCAUGGGGAUAAGAAUCAGCAGGAGAGGGAUCAUGUUCUGCAGGAGUUUAGGAGUGGAAGGACACCUAUUCUUGUUGCCACUGAUGUCGCUGCCAGGGGAUUAGAUGUAGACGAUGUGAAAUACGUCAUAAAUUUUGAUUUCCCAUCAUCCUCCGAGGAUUAUAUCCACAGAAUCGGCAGGACUGGGCGUCGAAGACAGACAGGGACGGCGUAUGCUUUUUUUACGAGUCAAAAUAUGAAACAUGCAGGGGAUUUGAUUGAAGUCCUGAGAGAAGCUGGACAGACUAUCAAUCCUAGACUGAGUGAGAUGGCUGAGCUUGCCAAAUCUGGAGGUUUUGCACGAGGCCCCAAACGUUUCAAUUCAUCUGCGAAUAGCUCAGAUCGUCCAGCCAAACGUUCAGCCCCCAAUGACUCUAGAAUACCUGGAAAUGCCAUUCGACCUCGACCAGGAACUGCUCGAGGCGGGAUGCCAUAUCAUUCCAAUGUGAAAUCUUAUCCUCCAGCGAAUUAUCCAGUCAAGUCCACAGGUGGACACAAUCCCGGCUAUGGAUACAAUCCCCAGAGAAAUUACAUGCAGAGCAGUAAUAUCCAGGGGUAUAACGGUGGAGGAAAUUUUUAUGGAAAUAAUUCGCAAUAUUAAUGUGAACUUUUGAGACUUCUGAGUAUUUCUUACAUUUCAAAACUGAACGUACUGUAUCAUUCUUUGGUAUCUUGGGGAGUCUCUCGUAGAUUCAAUGCACAAUUCCAGUUGAAUCCAUAACAUUUUGAUUUACUAUUUUAUCCCCAUGAUUUUAUAAUGAUCUCAAUGAUAAUUUCAGUAUUUUUACAGUUAAAAAUUAAAAUUUAGGAUUAGAAUGGGGGAGCUGUGGUUUAAAUUGGAACAACCAGCAUUCGCUAGUCAAUAUUCAAUGAGUAUAUGAGAGCACAAUUUUGUUGAUUAGAAAUGAUGGAGUUUAUAUGAAUUCGUAAGUUUUUGUUUUUAUUUUCUCCAAAUACGAAUUAAACACUUCUGUGAUUUCAGUCUAGACUAUUCAGUUUGUUCGACAAACUAUAAAGACUCAAUGGUAUGACAAACUAUGGGAAGUUGAGGUCUUCUGUAGAUUUGAUUAAUUACUCGUGAAUAAAAACACUUGA